AUGGACGCGACGAACACGAUCCGUACUCCCCUCCUCGUCUCACAGAUCUGCUCGCGAUGGCGCGAAACCGCGCUUGCGACUCCGAGACUGUGGUCAAGGCUCUACCUCCAAUUCACGUCCACAUCCUUCAACCUCACCGAGCUCGUCCAGACGUGGUUGACUCGUUCGGGGGGAUGCCCUCUGACGAUAUACGUCUUCUGGGAGGAGCCACCGUUCACGCCUUCCCACCCAGUCCUGGACGCCCUCACAGCCCAUUCGGAACGGUGGCAGUCCAUGUUCUUCUACAUGCCCUACCACGCAUUCAAGUCGCUCGCACCCAUCCGGAAACGUCUCCCUCUCCUCACCACCCUCAGCCUCGGAACCAAAGACGACCCACCGCCUUCGUCUAGUCUCAUCGGCAAACUCGACAUGUUCAGCGACGCACCCCUCCUUCGCUCCCUCGAAUCCGUCAACAUCUCACCGCUCAUCUUCAAGUUCCCGUGGUCGCAUCUGAGGACGAUUCCGAUGAUGGCUGUGUCCAGCGAUGACUUCAUCGACAUCCUCCUCCAGACUUCGCACCUGGAACAGGGAGGGUUUGUGUUUAUGGAUUCGGGGAUGAUGUAUGGGAUGGGGAGCGUGUACAGUCCGCAUCUGAGGGUCCAACACAACUCGUUGCGCGAGGUCUCGAUCAUGACGCCACCCUGGAACGAGACGGUCGAUCUCCGCGGACUGUUCCCUCAGCUGACCUUUCCAAAGCUAGAGUUCUUGCAGAUUUGCAACCUCAGGUCACCUUUCUCUUCCGAGUUUACGGGGUUCCUGUCGAGGCUGGGGUGCUUGCAGACCCUGCACCUGAGGAAGACAGCGUUGACGGAUUCGCAGCUCAUCCAAGGCCUCAAGACUAUUCCGACGUUGACGAAGCUCAUCGUGUAUAGCGCGCCACUACAAGCUCCGACUGUGACGCACAGUCUGCUUUCGGCAAUGACAUGGAGGCCAUUGCUGAACGUUGAAAACGGGGCAGCUAACGGCGGGAGAAGAAAGCCACAACGUCAACGCCAGAACCUCUUGCCAGCACUCAAAUCACUGGAACUCACGAUCGACUAUAACGUCUGUGACACCUUUAUCGAGAUGGUUCGGUCCCGAGUUCAGUUUACUUCUGCGGAUAGCGCCGGCCUCAACGGUGGGACACCACUCUCCAAAGACCUCCCCGCUCGUCUGGAAAAAAUUCGCAUCCGACCGACUGAGGAUCUGGGAGACAGGAUCUACACCGCUCUCGCCGAGGUCGCCUCCUACGGUGUCGAGAUUUCCGUCGAAGACUUUUGCUGA